UGUAUUUCCUCCCUUUAGAAUAUAAAAGCAUAGAAGCAGAAACUCAAGUUCCAUCAGCAAACAUGGCAGCUGUGCAGGUGUCCCAACAAUGUCACAUCAAUGCUACCAUCGAAGUGUCUGUACAGAUGGACACCGACGUUGUUCUCUGCUGCUUACAUUGCUCACCAAAGGAAUUUGUAAUGAUCACAUGGACCAUAUUCCCCGGAGAUGAAACUUCCUGUAUCAUAGCUUACAAAAAAGACAAGAAUAUCACUAAGGAAACAAAUUGCUCUGGUACUAGAAUAACCUGGGAAUCUGAACCUGAGAGGAACUUCAGCCUUCAUAUAGAGCCAGUGACUAUUCAUCAUGAGGGAUAUUAUCAAUGUGAUCUUGUAACACCUGAUAGGAAUUUUAGAUCUCUCUAUCACCUCAGUGUGUUAGUGCCUCCUCCUGUAGUAAACCUGUCUGAGGAGGAAAAUGGAACCGUUGUAUGCAAGGCUGCAGCUGGGAAGCCAGCUGCCCAGAUCUCCUGGGUCCCAAAAGGAGACUGCUUCACUGUGAAGGAAACUCAUGAUAACAGGACAGUGACUGUGAAAAGCACUUGUACCCGGAAUAGCUUCAAUGCAUCCAAUGUUACCUGCUUCAUUUCCCAUUUGACUGGGAACAGGACUCUGUACUUAAACCAUGAAAUCCUUAGUUUCAGAACAUCAGGUGCUUUCACAAUGAUCAUAUGGAUUGUGAAAUUUUCCCUUUUGGGAGGCAUUCUAAGCCUUUUCUUUUGGGCAAACUAUGAUAUCAGGUGCUCAGUUUGCUGACAUCUAAGCCAAGGUCAUGCAUCUAGGAGUACUUUUUUUUUCUUUUUUCUUUCCUUUCUUUUUU